CUCUCAAGUCCAAAUUAUAUUGUCAUGCCAGCUGUAUUAACUGGGUUGAUAAGGACACAAUAAAAAAAUCCAAGACGAUGGACACGAUUCUCAACCUUCAUAUCAUUGCACUUUUAGUCUCGCAUAAAAAAAAUCACAGGAGCCUUACUUUUUUAAAAUGCUAAAAGCCAUCUUCUUGCAAAACGCUUCGCCAAAACCCCUGCGAUUCUAGCUUAACACGUACGCUCUCAUUUAUUCAAUUGGCAUCGUUUCCUUCACCUGUUAACGGAUAAGACCAGUAAUUAGUAGGAGCAAGGACAACAAUAUGCAGUACGUAGCAUCAAUAAUGCGGAAAAAAUCCUUAAUUACCCAAGUUUCAAAAAACAAAUCCUAUAAUACCACACUUAAAAAAAUCCCAAAAUGCCCAAGUUUGAAGCAGUUCGCUGCCUAGUAUAGCGAACCACGUGUAGUUCGCCUUUAACUGUUGCGAUGCACGUGGCUCGCUGUGGUUGGCCGAAAUCAAUUGGCGCGGAUCACAGCAACGUCGUGCGAUGCAGAACACGUGGAGGGCAUCACUCGAUUGCCUAGCAAACCCCAGCGAUUGGCGCCAAGGGGAGUACAUGGAUCGCUGAGCUAGCGGGUGAACAAUCGUUGGAUCACGUCCCAACGGCGCGAUCGCUUAGUUCGCCCCCUAGCCUAGCGAACCACGUCCCAGCAGCAGCAGAACUAUAAAUACCCCCCCCCCCUUUCUUUCCUGCAUCCCAAACCACACCACUCCACAUUCUCUUCUCCCUCUCAUUUCCACCACUAAAGGAAAGGAAAAUGCUCUGAGGUUGCGGCGUAUGCUGAUCUUCCUGUAACAGAAGUAUUUUUCUUUAGUGGUUACCCUACCUACGAAUAUUUUUAACCAACCUCUGUUUGAUUUUUGCACACCAAAUGGAGGAAGAAGCUAAUAGGGUAUGUUUUUUUAUCUGUUCCAAUUUGAUUUUAUAGUGCUAUGAUUGUUGCAUUUAAACUCUUCAUUCACAUUCUGACUAAUUUGUUUUUUUUUCCAUACAAGUUGGGUGCGGAGAUUUACAAUCCAAGAAUUUAUAUUCAUCCUGGUCCGAGAAAUCCAUAUUUUUUGGAAGACCAACCUUUUCAUCGAUCACAAAGUGUUUGGGCGGCAGACCCGGUAAUUAGUAUUUAUCAAUUCAUAUGCAUACAGUAUAAUUAGCAUUUAUUAUUUAUAUUUUAUAAUAUAAUUAUUAUUUAUUAUAUCUAUUUCGUACAAUAUAAUUAGCAAUUAUUAUAUCUAUUUCAUACAAAUUAUAAUUUAGUAUUACUAUUUCAUAAUAUAAUUACCUUUUAUAUUUUCUAGUUUAUUCAAUAUAAUUAGUAUGUAUUAUUACUAGUUCGUCCAUUGUAAUUAGCAAUUAUUAUAUCUAUUAGUUCGUCCAAUAUAACUGGCAUGUAUUAUUUAUAUAUCAUACAAUAUGAUUAGUAUUGAUUAUCUGCCCUUCAAAACUAAUUAUUAACUUUUUAUUUUGUAGGAAGAACUCAAUGUUAUCACCCAUAGGGGGAUAUCCGCCUUGCCUCCAUGGGAUGUAUGAAUCGAUACUUUUAUCGAGAGAGUGGGGUUGGCGAGGGCGCGAUUCUUCAGAAGAAUGGAGCUUGACAACAAUAUGCUCACGACAUUGGUCGAAAGGUGGAGGAGAGAGACGCACACCUUCCACCUCCUCAAGGGAGAGGCGAUGAUCACAUUGAAGGACAUCACCUUGAUCACCGACUUGCCAAUCAAUGGAGAAGCGAUAAUUGGGAGUUUGAAAAAACCACUAGCUGGUUGGGGGGCUUUCAUACUCGCACACUUGGGCAUCGAGGUCCCCACAGAGGAGCAAGUCGAGCGGUAUGCUCGCGUAUACCUUAUUGGGCUGGUUGGCAGAGUGUUGUUCCCUAACAAGUCCAAUAGGUAUAUGCAUUGCAUGUGGCUUCCGCUGCUAUUGGGAGAUAGGGACGACAUGGGACGAAAGAGCUGGGGAUCGGCUUGUCUGGCAACGUUGUAUGCAGAGCUAUGCAAGUGUACCGACCCAAAUACAAAGCAACCGGGUGGCGCAAUGUUCAUUGUCCAACUGUGGGCUUGAGAGCAUCUUCCAAGCUUUGCGCCAUUUUGCCCCGCCAAUAAUUGGGCCCACGAUCAUCAUCUAAGGCAAGCACCAUAUGGUGCUAGGUGGACUGGAGCUUCGACAAGAGACCACCGUCCUGAACACUCUCUUGCUGGAUAUCGCAUGCAUCUUGACAAUUUAUAGUUCAAUGAGGUAACCUUCCAAUUCCAAUUCAUAGAGGAAUUCACCUUAUUUAGUCCAAUAUAUAGAUUAAUAUAACUAGGUUAUUUCA